AGUUGCUCCAAUGCACCCGGCGGUUCUCUCCAUCGUGGACAAUGCGCGCAAAUACCAGGGCUACAUCAUCCCGGCACUGUACGUCUUCUUCGCGAAGAUAGCCAACUCGCAUGCCCCCGUUCAACACCAGCUCCUCGUGGCCGCCGUUUCGUGGGGGAUUGUUUGUUUGUGCACGCUUCCAUGGGCGGGAAUCUCGCUGGCGAGUGAAGGGAAGAGAAGAGAGGCAUGGCUAGCUGGGGGCUUUUUAGCUCUGGCGCAGAUUUGUGAAAGCGCUGCCUGUGACAAGGAAGGCAUAUGGUCCACAAAGGGUCUACUUCCUUUGUUUAUCACCAUACUCUCGGAAAAUGAAUUGCUCUCGAAGCUUACGGUUCUGCCCAAACAUGAGUCUGCCCUCAACCCUCCCUCCCCGGAGCAGAAGAGAUUCUCAAGAUCGUUUUUGGUCCUGCUUUCCGCUACCGUCUCCGCAAGCGUCGUGCUGUCAACAAUAUUUGCCAUCCCUUCGACCUCCGCUCUUGGUAUAAGCAGCGUGAUCUUCGCCGCGACCGGUCUGGUCCUGUUCUAUACCUCGUUGAAAUCGAUAAGCGGUGAUAUGGGAGAUGCUAAGAUUGGGAAUGGUGCGAACAAGGACACUAAUUCGUCUCCUUUGAACAGCAGGCAGCAGUGGAACCAGAGUCUUGUUGUUCUUCGGGAUGUUGCAGCGAUCCUAGCUGUAGCAUGCGGAAUAGGCGCUUCCGUUUUCGAGCCUCGUAUAACUCCUCGACACAUUGCAUGGGAACCUGAAAUACGCGGGGUACCGCAAGGGCCGGGCGGUUGGAAGGCCCUUCAUUAUCAUCGGACAAUACAACAAGUGGUGUCCAUGGUAUGUGUGAACAUCAUUGUCCACUCAUUGACCUAUAUUUUGAUCAUACAGGAAGGGCCAGUAUUCACUUCUUUCAUUUCCGUGUGCUCGUACAUAGGCGCCAGUCUGAGCCUCGCAACGUCGAUGUCUGGUCUAUGGUUCACUAUUCUUUACGUCUCGUCUUUCAUGUUUUUGACUAGUGCCUCGUCGGCUCCCGCUUCCACCGUCGAUAUUCGGACUUCCAUCCGCUAUAAACGACUCAUUGUUGCGACCACAAUUCUGUCUGUAGGAAUCAUAUCUGCGCGGCAUGCCUUCGGUACACCUAGAUUCACAGUGUCGACUACAUCAGACGGUCAAUUUUCAUUCGACACGAUACCGCCUCAAGACCCGUUGCAGCCCAUACCGAUGGAUUGGAAAAAGGGUCACGGUGCUUCACAGCUGAUUAGGAAUGCCGAACAAAACUUUGACAAACUUAUCGACGCGCAAUCCAAAUCGUUAGGUGACGCUGUGCAGAACUACCGUUUGCGAAAUGGCAUUGCACCUCCACCUCAUUUUGACAAAUGGUACGAAUUCGCCGCAAGAAACGGGGUGGUGCUCAUCGACGAGUUCGACUCCAUCACUCAGUCUCUACUUCCUUUCUGGGCCGUUAAACCUUCGACCAUUCGCGCGCGCAUCAAAUACGCGUUAGGCCAUGAAGACAGUGCAUUGUUGGGAAUCAUGAUAAGAGGCGGCGCAGUAGUUAAAGUCGAGGGCGGUCCCAGUUGGCAGCAGGAGGCAACGGUAGCCAUGUUGGACAGUUUUGUCAAAUAUCUUCCGGACAUGGAUCUUGGCUUCAACAUCCAUGACGAACCACGAGUUGUGGUCCCCAACGAUCAGUUAUCAGCCAUGAUAGCUGCGGCUCGAGACAUGGUUCUGCCCACGGUCGGCAAGAACACCUCACCUAGGAAUUCCUUCUCAUCGCGUCCGUCCGAUGUCAACGAUGGCAAACGCUUCGAAGAGUCGAGUAACACCCGCUUCAAUCGUUUUGCUCAUCAGCAAACAUGGACCCAUGCGCGUUUGUCCUGCCCCGCAAACACCCAGUCGCAGCAGUUUGAAGACCAAGUCCCAGACAAUAUGACGGCAUACGCGGCAGGUGCUUUGGGAUAUGUAUACAACCAAACAGCAUUCUCCGACAUCUGCAACUCGCCUUCGCUCUCCUCAACAUUUGGCUUUUUUGAAAGGCCAAAUGCCUUCAAUAUCAUUCAUGAGCUCACGCCAAUCUUCUCCCAAUCCAAGAUUUCCAGUUUUCAGGACAUUCUCUUCCCAAGUCCUUGGUAUUACGUCGGCAAAGUUGGUUAUGAUGAACACCGAGAUACCAUGUGGGAGAACAAGACAAACAGCCUCUACUGGCGGGGGUCUACCACGGGAGGCUUCAGCAGGAAUGGAGGCUGGAGACGUCAACAUCGACAACGCGUGGUGCGGCGUCUUAAUGCACCAGAUAAAGCAAAGAUACUCGUGCCUGAUUUGUCCGACAGAUCAGCCAAGACUGCAUACGCUAUACAGACCGUGGAGCGCCGCGACUACGACUCAUUAGUGGACGUCAAAUUCUCCCACAUCGGACAGUGCGAUCCAGGCGACUGCGAUGCGCAGAACGAGUUCUUCAAAGUGACAGAGCGAGUCGACGGUCAGGACGCAUGGUACUAUAAACAUCUAUUGGAUAUGGACGGGAACGCAUUUUCGGGGCGUUUCUACAGUUUCCUGAAGAGCAAAAGCUUGGUUUACAAGAUGGCCGUCUUCCGGGAAUGGCAUCAGGAGUGGCUCAAACCGUGGGUGCACUACGUGCCACUCAGCCUGCAUGGUGAUGAGCAUCUCGAUCUGGUGCAGUGGUUCGCUGGCGGUGAAACCGAGGCCAAAAGACUUAAGACGCCUGCGCAGAGCAAGCAGCAACAGACGAAGCAGGCUGGGAACAAGGGUGGCAACGGAGAUAGCGAAGGGGAGCGCAAAGCGAGGGAAAUCGCCGAACGGAGUCGAGAGUGGGCGGGCAAAGUACUAAGAAAUGUGGAUUUCGAGGCUUGGUUCUUUCGACUUUUGCUUGAAUACGGACGUAUUGUUGAUGACGACAGAGAGCAUAUUGGAUAUCCCGGGCCCUGAAAAUUCAGUGGUUACCCCGUUGAUGAAGAAAAUAAAAGAAAUAUAUGCAAAAAAAAAACCCCCCUCUUGAAUCCGUUUCCCAUUCUUACUCUGUGAUUGGCUUGAUGACCGUACAUACUCUACUCUUGUUGACGUUUCCUCGCCUUUCGUUUCUGAAUAAGAAGUCAGAACCACGUAUCGCAAUCGUAAUCACACGGUCAGUUUAGCAGGACAAGAAGUGAUGGUUUCUCUCCCCCUCCCUCUCCCCUCCCCCCUUUGACUAAGUAAAGGUACGUAUGCGUAUACACGUGUCCAUGGAAAUUGAGCGACUUCAAUCCCGUCGUUUGCGCGGUGAAAGCAAGAAAGAAAACAAAAAUCUACAAAACCAAAGCCAAGUAUGGAUGCGGCGCGGGACAGAACUACACAUGCCCACAUAUGCCAGUCCAGUUAAAAUCAAAUCAGAUAUGUGAGAAUUGACGUGGUCUUUUCAUUGCUCUAAUCCCCCGCUCUUCUUUUCUCCCCCUUUUUUUUCUCUUCUUUUCUCCGAGAGUACAGCGGCGUCGGUCUAUUAUUAUGUGUUUCGUUGUGUGUGUAUGGCGGGCUAUUUACUGCCUAUUAUUCAUGUCCAGCAAGAAACCGCUGUGUUCCCUUUCUUUGUAGUUCCUUCUUCUGCUGCUAUUUUUUUUUUCUU